AUGGCCGGGCCGCUGCCCCCGACGCGGCUGCUGGCCGCGGAGCGCGGGGCGGUGCUGCUGUCGUGCGCGCUGUCCUGCGCGGGCUCCGCGCUGCUCCUGGGCUCCCAGGCGCGCUGGCCCGAGCUGCGGACGCGCCCGCGGCAGCUGCUGCUGCACCUCUCGCUGGCCGACCUGCUCUCCGCCCUCUCCUACUCCUACGGCGUGCUGCGCGACUUCCAGCGCACCUCGUGGGACUGCGUCCUGCAGGGAGCCCUGUCCACCUUCGCCAACACCAGCUCCUUCUUCUGGACCAUGGCCGUGGCCCUCUACCUGUACCUGACCAUCGUCAGGGGCUCGCCCACGGGCACGGGCUUGCUCUGGGGCUUCCACGCCGUCAGCUGGGGUGUCCCCCUGGCCAUCACGGUGGCCGCUGUGGCUCUGAAGAAGAUUGGCUACGACGCCUCCAACGUUUCUGUGGGCUGGUGCUGGGUCAGCCUGGAUGCUGAGGAUCGGCUCCUGUGGAUGCUGCUGACGGGGAAGGUCUGGGAGAUCCUGGCCUAUGUCACCCUGCCCGUGCUCUACAUCCUCAUCAAGAAGCACAUUAACAGAGCACACGCCGCUCUCUCCGAGUAUCGCCCCAUCCUGCCCGGAGCGCCGGCCCUGCAGCCCCCCGCCAGCGUGGCCGACAAGAAGCUGAUCCUCAUCCCCAUCAUCUUCAUCUUCCUGCGCAUCUGGAGCACGGUGCGCUUCGUGCUGACGCUCUGCGGCUCCCCGGCCGUGCGGAACCCGGUCCUGGUCGUGCUGCAUGGAAUCGGGAACACGUUCCAAGGAGGAGCCAACUGCAUCCUGUUCGUGCUGGGCACGCGGGCGGUGCGGGCCCGGCUGCUGGCCCUGCUCUGCUGCGGCCGCCGUGGCCAGCCGGCCUGGCCGGGCCGGGGGUCCCCCGGCCCCCGGCAGCAGCCGCAGCCCCGCGGCGACAAGGACGUGCCCGACCCCGGGCGGACCAAGCCGCUGCUCCCCAGCACCUGAGCUGGCCCCGGAUGCUGCUGGUUGCUUCUCUCAGGGUAAAAGUCCAGAGGAAAGCUUUCCUCCUGCCCUGCCUGUGCGCCCCUGGGAGGGCUGGGGACAGGGAGCAGGGACACGGAGCAGU